UGAAAAACAACCACCCUCCACAGUCCACACUUUCCUUUCUCCCUUACAAAAAAAUUUCCGCCGGUCUCCUUCGUUUUGUUUUCCUCGUUCAUUCCAACCCUUCUGGGUCAGCUCUCUAUCUUCCCCAUCCCUUUCUCAAUAUUUAAUCCUAUCGCCAUUUGCGCUUCUCGGGAUAGCACACCAACUCUCUCUCCCUCCCUCCCUCCCUCCCUUAUCGCCAUUGUUACAACACCUCUCGCCGAACCGAACGACCAUUUCCACGUUUCCUCUCCAGUUUACCCAUCAUUCCUUUUCCAGGUAAUUACUCAUUUCUCACCCUCUCCUAUCCGUUGUGCUCUUCCUUUCUGCUUCUUACUCCUCAGCUUCCAUGGAUUGUUUCCCAGUUUAGAUCUCACGCUCCUCCUCCCGCCGAAUCCCUCGCAAUCCCGACGAUUGGCCGACCCAGUUUCCUAUUUCCCGUUCAAUAAGAUCCGGUUCCCUCCCGGGUGCCCAGUCAAUGGACUUCACCCGCGGCUCCCCAGCUCCCUUGAGCAACGGCAACGGCAAUGGCCACUACGAGUCCUCUUCUUCCCCAUCUUCUUUCCCUUCCGGCUUCACCAAGUUCAACACCGCCCUCACGGCGGGUCUUCUCAACCCGAUGUCUCCCCCGCCGGACAGGAUGACCCGAUCCAGCCCCACGCUGUUCGAGAUGAUGGCGAGUGAGCACGACGCACAGCAGCAGCCCAAGACCCAGACCCAGAUCACCAUUGCCGCCCCUAAUGUCGCAAUCCCCAAAGUCACUGCCGCCCAGCAGCAGCAGCAGCAGCCUGCGCCUGUUCAGGACCGGCAGACCGCGGCGAUGCAGCGAAUCGCCGACAUUCUGGGCAACCGGAGCCCCGGGAACCAGUUCAAUGACUCGUCGUCCAGCGAUGUCAAGCUGACGUUGAGCUCCAAGGAUGGAAUUAGUGUGUCGAUUAGUGUUCAUAGGCAGAUCCUGGUCGCACACAGUCGGUUUUUCGCAGUAAAGCUUUCGGAUCGAUGGGCGAAGCAGCAGAAGGCUUCGGGGCCUUAUGUUGUGGAAAUUGCGGAUUGUGAUGAUAUUGAAGUUUACAUUGAGACCUUGAGGUUGAUGUACUCGAAAGAUCUCAGAAGGAGGCUUAUGAAGGAGGACGUUAUCAAAGUUCUUGGCAUUUUGAAGGUUUCAGCAGCUAUAGGUUUUGAUGCGGGGGUCUUAUCUUGUUUGGAGUACUUGGAAGCUGCUCCAUGGGCAGAGGAUGAAGAAGAGAAAGUGGCCUCACUUCUAUCCGAGCUACGACUUGAAGGAGUUGGGGCAGGAGAAGUUCUAAAAAGAGUAUCCACUGAAGUCAACAAUGGAGUGGAAGAGAGUAGUGACAAUGAAGAAGUGCUUGUCAAACUCUUGCAUGUAGUUCUGGAAGGAAAAGACGAGAAAGCCAGGCGUGAAAUGAAAGGAUUGGUUGCCAAAAUGCUUCGGGAGAGUGCUGCUUCUCAUACCAGUCUCAGAAAGGAGUCCCUGUACGCAGCUUGUGAAGGCUGUUUGCAAUUGCUGCAUACCCAUUUUCUCCAGGCAGCAUCAGGAAACUUGAAGGAUGUUGCACAAAUUGCUCGACAAGCUGAUAACUUGCACUGGCUAUUGGAUAUAAUGAUUGACAGACAGAUAGCUGAGGAGUUUCUAAAGACAUGGGCAUCACAGACUGAACUCUCUGAAGCACAUUCCAAAAUACCAGCUGUUCACAGGUACGAGAUCAGCAGAGUCACAGCGAGGUUGUUUGUUGGUGUCGGGAAGGGACAGAUGCUGGCUUCUAAAGAGGCGAGGUGCAUGCUUCUGCAGACGUGGCUGGUCCCAUUCUAUGACGAUUUCGGGUGGAUGAGGAGGGGCCAUAAAGGUCUGGACAGGCAUUUGAUCGAGGAAGGUCUCAGCAACACCAUUCUUACCCUGCCCCUCUCCUGGCAGCAAGACAUUUUGCUCGCAUGGUUUGAUCGGUUCUUGAACUCAGGCGAGGAUUGUCCCAACAUUCAGAGAGGGUUCGAGAUUUGGUGGAGACGGGCGUUCUGGAGGCGGAGUGGGGAGCAAGAGAAGGCACGGUCUUUCAGAGUCGUCUCUGCAAGUGCCGAGAACUCAUGAGAUCAUGAGGAGAAGUUUAUACUGAUUCCACAACAACUAAAAGUCACUUUGUUAUCAGCAACACACAUAAAGAUGGAGGGGGGAAGUGGAGUGGGUUGCAAAUUGUAAUGUGAUGAUUCUGUUGGUCCACCAUUAUCCAUCCAAGGGUGGUUUAGAAAAUCUUUGAUUGCUUUCUUUGUAUUCUUUAUGUUUCUCAUUCAUUGCCUUGUUGGAUUCUGCCCCACUCAAAGUAGGAAGCUUCAGCUGCAACCAAAUAUCUGAGGAUUUUUAGUUUUGGUUUUCGUUUGUACAUUAUUAUUUUUAUUAUAUAUGAAAUUGAAAAGGGGUUCAUGAUGUUUAGGUAAAAGAAAGAAAAGGGUGGUUCAUGAGUUUAGUUGUGAAAUUGAGGUGGGAGACACUGAUUAUUAUGGAGUGGAAAUCAUUACACUUUCUUCUGAAUAUAUAGUGGGUGCCGAGAAAGGGUCACGCUCACGCUAGUACGAGUUAGGGUUGUGGAUCAUUUUGCUUUUGUGGCCUUCUAAAGUGG